AUGGAGUGUCAGAGCAAAGGCGAAAUAGGAGUAGUGACUUUAGGAUUCCGCAUGGGUUCCCGUUCGUGUCGCAUGGACCAUGUCAAUCGGUUGCCAUGUGCUGGAAUGGAUUCAGAGCAUCCGUUUCGAGAGCCCAGUCCAGUGAUGACAGAAAGGUCUCCUUCAACACCUCGUCCCAAUGACUCACCUGGGGACCAUCCUGCUUCGUCUGCGCAGUGUGCAGUUUUCAGUUUCAACAAGAAGUGGAUAUACUUCCAAGCCAGAAGCAGGAGUAUCAUCGUCAUGGUCAGCGAAAAUAAGCAAGACCGAGGACGCCCUUUGAAGACCAAAGGGAACAAGGAAGAAUAUCCCGGCAUCAUAUCUGCAAAACCCCACGAGAAUCCAUGCAAUGUUGAGGUAAGGUCCUCUGCACUCCACAGUACGCCGCGGACCGGAUGGAAUGUCACCAAAGGCGGUAGGUUGGGCACCGCUGAUGUAGAUGGACCCUCAAUGCUGAAAGGGGCGUCCUUCCAGCGCAGGGAGCGGGGGAGGAGCUUCCCUGCUUCAGCUUUCAUGGUCACAACCAAGCAGUUCCCCUUCAAGUGUGCAGUUUUCAGUUUCAACAAGAAGUGGAUAUACUUCCAAGCCAGAAGCAGGAGUAUCAUCGUCAUGGUCAGCGAAAAUAAACAAGACCGAGGACGCCCUUUGAAGACCAAAGGGAACAAGGAAGAAUACCCCGGCAUCAUAUCUGCAAAACCCCACGAGAAUCCAUGCAAUGUUGAGGUAAGGUCCUCUGCACUCCACAGUAAGUGUGCAGUUUUCAGUUUCAACAAGAAGUGGAUAUACUUCCAAGCCAGAAGCAGGAGUAUCAUCGUCAUGGUCAGCGAAAAUAAACAAGACCGAGGACGCCCUUUGAAGACCAAAGGGAACAAGGAAGAAUACCCCGGCAUCAUAUCUGCAAAACCCCACGAGAAUCCAUGCAAUGUUGAG